AUGGUCGUUGUAUCCGAGGAGCUGCUGAGGAAUCUUGGUCUGACUUUGGUCGGAGUGUUCGGGGUGACAUUGGUGCUGAUUGGAGACCUGCAGGUCUCUAUUUGGGUUUUCUCCUGCAUUCUAUUCACCCUGAUCGGAAUCGCAGGCAGCAUGCGAUUCGCCGGUCUUACCAUCGAGCUCAUGUCGUCAGUUCUUCUCAUCUUGUCUGUCGGCUUGGCGGUCGACUAUUCCACGCACAUCGCUCACAAAUUCUUGGUCACUCAUGGCGAUUCUAAAGACGACCGAGUGAGAAUCACCUUGGCAGAAAUUGGUCCACCCGUUUUCAAUGGAGGUUUUACGACAAUGAUGGCUUUUGUGUUUUGUCUUUGGAGCGAAAAUUAUCUCUUCCAAAUUACCCUCAAGGUGAUAUAUGGGUUGUAUCACGGAUUGGUUUACCUGCCGGUGAUGCUGAGCUGGUUCGGUCCACAACCUUAUGUUGACUCGCUCCAUUCAACCAAGAAUAGCCCUGCCCAGAGCGGCCUCGAUCCCGGUCUAGGGGAGGCUCCAGAGAAGCCUGACGCCGGAAAGACAAAUCCCUCAAGCCUCAAGGUAACUGCAGUGUUGGAAUUCUAUCAACUUAAGGUGGUAUAA